AUGAACGCCUGUUGCAGCGGAGUGCGGCCGCUGUCGUCAUGGUCGCCGGCGAGCUCGCCAUCGGACGUGGUUGUUGAGAUCAAAGUGGCCGAUGAUGGUGGCGCUGUGAAGAUCUGGCGAGGGCGAGGCGAGAUCCGGCGAUGGCGAGGCAGCGCUGGGUGUGGUCGGAGGCGGCGGGAGGUGGCUGUGUGCUGUGGUGCCGCCGUGUCUCUGUGUGUGUGUGUGAACUCUGUGUAUGUGUGUGUGAACUGUGUGCGUGCGUGCGUGAGUGAAAAAGAAACAGAUUGUGUGUAUUUGUGUGUGUGA